AUGGCGUCUGUAAAAGCGUUCCCCACCAUCAAAAGUAUCCGAUCGUUCGUCAUCGGCGGUGUGGGCUCAGACAGUCCAAUUUCUACUCCAUGCUCAAGAUGGGAGAAGUACCGGGCAUCACGGACGAGCUGGGGUAUCAAUGUUCUCGGCUCGUUCUUUGUCGAGAUUGAGGCCAGCGAUGGAACAGUUGGCUUUGCAACUGGCUUUGGUGGCCCUCCAGCGUGUUGGCUCGUCCAUCAGCACUUUGAGCGCUUCCUGAUCGGAGAAGACCCUCGCAACACAAACCACCUGUUUGAGCAAAUGUACCGAGCGUCCAUGUUCUACGGCAGAAAAGGUCUCCCCGUUGCCGUGAUAUCCGUCAUCGACCUCGCCCUCUGGGACCUGCUCGGCAAGAUCCGCGGCGAGCCCGUCUACAAGCUCAUUGGCGGCAACACCAAAGACCGCAUCGACUUUUACUGCACCGGCCCAGACCCCCCAGCCGCCAAAAAAAUGGGCUUCUGGGGCGCCAAAGUGCCUCUCCCCUACUGCCCCGAAGAGGGCCACGUCGGCCUUAAGAAGAACGUCGAGUUCCUCCGCAAGCACCGCGAGUCAGUCGGCCCGGACUUUCCCCUGAUGGUCGACUGCUACAUGUCGCUAAACGUGCCCUACACGAUCGAGAUUGCCAAGGCGUGCGAGGACCUAAACAUCAACUGGUGGGAGGAGUGCCUCAGCCCCGACGACACGGACGGCUUCAAGCAGAUCAAGCGCGCCCACCCGACCAUCAAGUUCACCACGGGCGAGCACGAGUACUCGCGGUACGGGUUCCGCAAGCUGAUCGAGGGGAGGAACCUGGACAUCAUCCAGCCAGACGUCAUGUGGCUCGGCGGCAUGACGGAGCUGCUCAGGGUGGCCGCCAUGGCGUCGGCCUAUGAUAUUCCCGUGGUCCCCCACGCGAGCGGGCCGUACAGCUACCACUUUGUCAUCAGCCAGCCCAACACCCCCUUUCAGGAGUACCUGGCCAACUCGCCCGACGGGAAGAGCGUGCUGCCCGUGUUUGGCGAUUUGUUUGUGGACGAGCCGAUCCCCACCAACGGUUUCUUGACGGCGGCUGAUCUGGACAAGCCGGGGUUCGGGCUGACGCUGAACCCGGUUGCGAGGGCGAAGCUGAUUCCGAGUACUUAUCUGCUGGCUAUUCCUACCAAUUCGCUACCCCCACCGGUGAGUGAGGAGAAGAAGGAGGUUAAUGGUGUCAAUGGACGCCACGUGGAGGGGCAGUUGUCUGGGAAGGCCAAGGCUUGA